GCUUGUCGUUGUCGUUUAGAGAUGGGUAACUCAUUAUUUUUACAUGAGGUUGAGGGAGGACGAGGUGAGGUGCUCGCGAGGACCUCGUGAGGACCCCUCAUUUGAGGCGAGGAGUCGUACGCAAUGCAUCGCGACGCGCCGAACUCGCCGAUGGCCGAUAUUCAGUGGAAUGUCGGAGGCGAGGCGAGGGGCGGACGGGGGCGUCAAUUCCUAUAACUUGCGAUAAGGAUUUUUUCGUCUCUCUCCCACACAUCUUUUCUUUCAGUUAUUAUUUUUUGACUGCAAAAAUAAACGAAAUACGAAUCAAUGACACUAGAUUACAAAUCUAAUACUCAUGUUUUUAGGGUUCAUAAUUCAAUAUCAUAGUUAAAGUUUAGAGUUCAUAGUAUUUAUACAAUAUUUUUUCUAUAUUUUGUUUUGAUUUUGAGUAAUAAUAAUAAUAUUAGUUUACCUAUGUUGAUCUUGGAGGUGCACGUAUUUUUAUAGUUACCCAUCUCUAAUGUACUACGCAAUAAAUAAGCAGGUGGUUGUUCAUAAGAUAAAUAGAAAUAUGAACAAUGGCGAUUCACUGUCACUCGCUCACUUAGUGCAUUCAAUCGCUCGACUCAAUACUCACUCGUACUCGCGUCUAUACAUCGCGUAUUAAGUCAAUACUCAAUUUGUCAAUGUCAAUUUUCAAGUGAGGACUGAAGAGUGAAGUGAGGUGGUUCAAUGUUGAAAUUUGAGGAACUCUUUCAUUCAUUUGAGGGACUCAUCUCUAUUGUCGUUGUUGACCGUUGUUUGCGAUGAGUAAAUUGUAUUUGUAAUUUAUUUUCUUUAAUCGCAAUUCAUUUAUGUGGUAUUUAAGUGUUUGCAAAUAAAUUUACAUUAAUAUAUAAUAAAUUGUUAAUAGUUCAAAAUAAAUUUGGAAAUAGUUAAACCGGUUUUAUGGAAGAGUUUCAUUAGUUCAAAUUUUGAUUCGAUUAAGGAAAAUUGAACCAGUAGCUAUAAGUCUGGAAGUAAAACGCUAUCAUGUGGCAAAAUCUAUUUUUAAUAUGCAACUUGCUCCUGUUUAAAGACAUAAUUGCAGGAGAAGUUGGUGAUAAAUGUGCUCCUACUGAAGAUAUAUUGAAAGGAACAUGUAAACUUGUAACGGACUGUGAUAUUGCUAUAAGUUACAUUACGAAAACAGAUAAUCAUCCAUUCAGCAGAUGUGGCUUCAGUGGUACCGUGGAGAUAGUGUGUUGCCCAAGCAAAUACAUGCAACCCCUACCAACAAAAAGACCAAAGCCAACCACAGGGACUGUGGGACAAGACAAAUUUGGAGAUCCAAGGGUCAUGAGAGUGGCCGAAAGAGAAUGUAGAAAAAUUAUCGACACCACACUGCCACCGCUCGGAUUACACAUUAUUGGCGGCGAAACGGCGAGUCUUGGGGAAUUCCCGCAUAUGGCAGCCCUCGGCUACGAGCGAACCGACGGUUAUGAUUUCCAAUGCGGCGGCUCCUUAGUAUCCGACUUGUAUAUAGUAACAGCAGCUCACUGUGUGGAUACCUUAGACCAAGUGACGCCCACGAUAGCGCGCAUGGGCGUGGUGGAGCUGGGCGAGCGACAGUUCAGCAGCGACGACGUGAGGAUACAGGAGAUCAUAAAGCAUCCGGAGUACAAGAGGCGUACCAAAUAUGACGAUUUAGCGUUGUUGAAGUUGGAACAGCCGGUGACAUUCACGUCAAACUUGCACCCCAUCUGUUUGUACACCAAGAAUGACGACCCGACCAUACCUCUCACCAUCACUGGAUGGGGCAAAACUAGUACAACUCGAGAUAUAAAGAGUACGAUCCUACUGAAGGCCAACGUGACGGUGGUGGCGAAGGAUAAGUGCGGCGAGUCGUACACCAACUGGCGCAAGCUGCCGGUGGGCAUCGCCGACGCGCAGAUCUGCGCCGGCGACCCGAUGGGCCUGCGGGACACUUGCCAGGGUGACUCAGGCGGGCCGCUGCAGGGUCUGACGGCCAGCGACGGCCAGUUCAGACUCGUGGCCGUGACGUCAUUCGGGCGCGGCUGCGGCUCGCCCGUGCCCGGCGUCUACACGCGCAUAUCGCGCUACCUCGACUGGAUCGAGAGCGUCGUGUGGCCUGACAGGGCCUAGACCGGGGAUCAUCGGGGUCUGGAUCAUUUACGGCCAUAUUACAUGCAUACUAUAGCUAGAUCUUUUGUUGUAAAGUUCAUUAUAGACAUACAUAGCCUCUAUAGCCUCCAGCUGGUGUGCAGGUGUAGUUAAACUUGCAGGGCGUGGUACCUCGCCCUAGUGAAGUGUACACACUUUUUUAUUCUUUACAAGUCACAGCCGGGGUUCGAACCCAGGACGACCGUGUUGUAAAUCCACUGCGCAUACCACUGCGCUACGGAGGAGGUAAAAACACUAUCUCGAUUGAUUUGGGUGUUGUUUCCCAGUAGGAUUUAGACCCUUAGUACUACUACCAGGGUCUGAACUCUUUAAGGCAACAAAUUACUCAACAGUGCGCCCUUCAUACAUGCAUUGCAUAUUCUAAAUAUUUUGUUGUGAAGUUCUUAAUGGAUAGGCUAGUUGACACUUUUUAUUUGUUCAUUAUCGUUCGACUAGAUUGAAAAAAAAAAUAUCAUAUGUAUUUUUGAGAUGUGAUUACAUGAAAAUUUUAAUUAUUAAAUAUUUUUUUGACAAGUCAAAACGCCUGUCGGGCAUGAUUGUCUAUUGUUCAACUGUUUCAUGAGUCAUGACGUCACGUUAACAAAUUCUUUACAAAUAGUAUAAUAUAGUAUAUAUAGUAAUAAUAGUUUGACAUUUAGUACAUCAAGUGACAUUGUGACGUCACUAAAUGGACGACGAUUGGCGUUUAGAAAAUUUGAAAAAAAAAACAUGAUUUUUAAAUUAAGUUUUGGAAAUCCUUAACUUUUAUUAAUCAUUAUCGAUAUAUUUCGGACCCUUAUUCCAUGUACUACACGAAAUUAAUAUUGUUUAUAUUAAAUUUGAUAUGAGUCAACUACCCUAUUAACCUAAAUAGCUCAACCAUUUCAGACUUGGUCUGAAUCUCACUAGGAUUUGUUAAAAGAAGUUUCAUACCAGCAUGCAAGCUGUGACCUGACCGUAAAGUGCCAUAAACCAUUUUAAAACCAUAGCCAUAAAAUAUGACGUAAUAUUCUAUUGAUAACUUGUAAUGCUGCAAAUCAUCUGAUUAAACUUAUUAUUUUUUAAAGCCAUACAAUGUUUAUUAUUUGUUGAGGUCAGAAGUGAAUUUAAAAUUGACACCAUUAUUUUAGAGAUUCUUUUGUUGUCAUUUUAUUAACAUUCCUCCUGAAAUUAUGUGGAAGCAAACAGAAUUCCUUAUUAGUGACCUAAUUGACAAGACUUAAUGUAACAAUUAAAUAAUAUCAUUUAAUAUUAUUCUACUCGUAUGUGAUGAUCUAAUCGAAUUCUUCUAUUUUAUGAUAUAGUUAAAAAUAAAUACAUGACUCAAAUAACAAUAAUAUGUUUAACUUACAUGGAUUAUCAUUAUAUUUUGGAAUAUUUACACGAUAUACUAAUAAUAUAGUAUCGUCGUUCGUUAUCAACCCAUAUACGGCUCACUGCUGAGCUCGAGUCUCCUCUCAGAAUGAGAGGGGUUAGGCCAAUAGUCCACCACGCUGGCCCAAUGCGGAUUGGCAGACUUCACACACGCAGAGAAUUAAGAAAUUCUCUGGUAUGCAGGUUUCCUCACGAUGUUUUCCUUCACCGAUAAUAAUAUAGUAUAAUAAUGUAUAUUAUUCAAUAUAUUCCGUUCUGCUUUGUAUGUAGUGCAGCGUUGCCAGUACCUAUUGUCCUAAUUCCCUACAAAACUAAGCAAAUUUCUUCAAAUUCUGGGAGAAAAAUAUCCCUAUUCCUUACAUGAAAAUAAAUGCAUUUUACUAAUUUUAUUUUACAGCUUAUCUAUAGCUAUAAUAUUAUCCUUAUAAAUGGUGAAGAUAGACGCAGCAUUCUUUACGCAUCUUCACAUAAAGUAAUACCCACGUAGGCAAUAGUUCUCUUGGAUUUAAAUUUCCCGCAAUUCGGGGAAUUACCCACAAAGUGGCAACGCUGAUGUAGUGUAGUGGACAGAACAAGCGUGUUUGUGGGUAUAAACUGCGUUCGAUUCGUUUCCCUACUAUUAUAUAUUAUGUGGUUUCGUUGAAAUACUUUCGUUCAAGCUCAGACCAAUUACCUUCUUUUGGACUUGUGUAGCACUCAAAUUCACUAACAAAAUUGUCUCGUUUUUUGGAUGGACUGGGUGUUAAAUAUAUCCUGUGUCCUUACACUACACACAACCAUUUUGAAAUCGUAAUACACACACACGUGUAAUUUUAACACUAUGAAACAUCGAUUUUAGUUAAACACGUUAGAUCAUGAUCAUAUAGUUUUGACAAAGGGGUAAACUCUAGCGAGACAGGUCCUUUAAAAAGUUAAUUGGUCUGAGCUUUCAAGGCUCAAAACGGCUGAACUCAGAGCCAACUAAAGGAACUAGUUUUUUUAAAAAAAACUAGUUCGUUUAGUUUUCACGUGGUUUUUACACUAACGCGUUGUCUAUCAAACGCGUUAGUGUAAAAUUUACUUUUUACAUGCAAUUUACUUUUAGGAGACUGUCUUGCCGUAGCAAGACAGUCUCCUAAAAGUAAACCAACUAUAUCAUAUGAAUAUUCGAAUAAUUAUUUUUUCUAUAUUUUUUUUUUCAUAUUGAUAUUGUUAAAGUAAUAAUAUUGUGUUUAAUGUACCUAAUAUAUUUUAUAAGUAUUUAUUUAUACAGAACAUGUAGAGAAUUUAUUACGAUAUAUUUUUGUAAUUUUACUAGUCAAUGUAAGCAUAAUUGAAGAGCUCUCUAGUGUUGUGAUUCAAAAAUAAAUAAUUUUAAUUAAGUA